AUGACUAAAGUUACGGUAUUGUCACUCUUUGCUCUUCUCUUUCUCGUAUUACUCUGCACUAAGUCGUGGGCUAAGUCUGAAGAGUUUGAUGAGGAGUCGGACGAAGAAAACGACGUCGCUGCUGUACCGUCAUGUUGCGGGUUCUCGUCGCCUCUUCUCAUCAAGAAAGAUCAAUGGAAACCAAUUUUUUCGACCAAGUUCGGACACAUCUCAACCGUUCAAAUCGGCGAGGGAUGCGGUGGGAUGGGACCUUACAAAAUACACUCCAUAACGUUGGAGCCAAACGCUCUUUUGCUACCUCUUCUUCUUCAUUCAGACAUGGUCUUCUUUGUCGACUCUGGAAGUGGGAUUCUGAAUUGGGUUGAGGAGGAAGCGACGAGUACUGAGAUAAGACUAGGGGACGUUUACAGGCUACGUCCCGGUACAGUUUUCUACUUACAGAGCAAACCGGUUGAUAUCUUUCUUGGAACCAAACUUAGGGUUUACGCAAUCUUCUCAAACACCAAGGAGUGUUUACAUAAUCCUUGCUUUGGUGCGUAUUCAAGUAUCACAGAUCUAUUGUUUGGUUUUGAUGAGACAAUUCUCCAGUCAGCUUUUGGGGUUCCUGAGGAAAUUAUCGGUCUAAUGAGAAACCGUACACAGCCGCCACUGAUCGUGCAUGACAUGCUGAGCACACCAGGUGAGACCAACACCAACACGUGGCAGCUCCAGCUACGAUUACUCAAACUCUUUGCCGGAUAUGUAAAGGGAGACUCGGUGAUGAGAGCAGCAGUGAACAAGAAGAAGAAGAAGAAGACAAAGAAAGCAAAGACAUUCAAUGUCUUCGAAUCAGAACCUGACUUCGAAAGCCCUAACGGUCGUACUCUAACGAUCAACAAGAAAGAUCUAAACGCGUUAAGAGGCUCAAUGGUUGGAGUUUCCAUGGUGAACCUAACUCAAGCAUCGAUGAUGGGACCCCACUGGAACCCAUGGGCUUGUGAGAUCUCGGUGGUGUUGAAAGGGUCAGGAAUGGUUCGUGUGCUUAGGUCUUCGGUUUCAAGAUCAUCAUCAUCAUCAGAGUGUAAGAACAUUAGGUUUAAGGUAGAGGAAGGAGAUAUUUUCGCGGUUCCACGGUUACAUCCAAUGGCUCAAAUGUCUUUUAUAGAUGAGUCAUUAGUGUUCAUUGGGUUUACUACUUCAGCUAAGAACAACGAGCCACGGUUUUUAGCCGGACAGAACUCAGCUUUGCGGUUUCUUGACCGGGGGGUAUUGGCUGCUUCGUUGAAUGUGAGUAGUGUGAUGAUUGAUGGGUUGUUGGGAGCUCAGAAAGAUGCGGUUGUGUUGGGAUGUCCUUAUUGUGCGGAAGGAGAGUUGGAGAAGCUUAAAGUUGAGACGGAGAUGAAGAAGAGAGAUGAUGAGAGGAAGAGGGAAGAAGAAGAGGCGAAGAAAGAAGAGGAAGAGAGGAGGAAACGAGAAGAAGAAGAGGAGGAGAAGCAAUGGCCUCCACAGCCUCAGAAACCACCACAAGAAGAAAUGUAA